CAACAUCUCCAGUUCCUGUACAAAUCUCAAGACAACUGGUUUUGUCAUGAUUAAACUUUUAAAUGAAACGAUGAAUGAAAGGUGUCGUGCUUUUUUCAUUUGUAACGAAAUAGCCAGCUUAAGAGAAUAAAUACUACGUGGUGUGGAGUCAAACAACAACUAGAAACAUCUACCAAGAUAAGUGUUUCUUUAAUCCCUCCACAAAUCCCGGUGUGGCGAUGUCAUCCCCAAGAGAUGCUCAACGACGGCAACGGCGCAGGGAGCUGGACGCCAGGCGGAGCAAGUCGCGGGUUCGCCUGGGCGCGUGUCUGCAGAGCUGGGGUCAGCUGAAGGAGAGACUCGGGUUCGCCCUCCAUUCGGAGCUCGCGCAGCAUCUGCUAGAGAGCUACUUCUCCAAGGCCUGUGUCAAGUGCUCUGUUGGGAGGGGUGAGGCAAAGGGGGCGAAGCCUGUGGUGACAUCAGAGGAAUCCCUCCAGUGCCUGGUGCUGCAGGUCCAUUGCCAUGGGCAACGGUGCCCCCUUCCUCCCAACCUACAGCCUGCUGGUGCUGUGGAGGGUCAGGCCGCUGGGGUGGGGCAGGCUGAGGGGGAGGGGCAGAGCAACAGACGCAAAAGAGAAGAGAAAAAAGGCAGGAAAGACGUUCGGCUGGAGAUGCGACCUGCGGAGGGGCGGGGAGAAUCAGGAGAGGGGGCUCAGUCAGAGCUCUGUCUGAGGUACGCCUGCCAAGGGGGGCACGUUUUGGCCUGGUGCCCCUCCAGGACUGGCCAAGAGGGGAGCGGGGCGGACGGGGGGGAGGGCGGAGGAGCUCGCUGUCCCUGCUGGUGCGAGCCCAUCCAGAGACCGAGGGAGGGGAGACCAAUGGAGGAGAAGAGAGAGAGCAGCAAGGAGGAAGCCUGCUUUUCAGGGAAGACCAGGAGGUGCAGCAAAGCAGGGUCUACAGAGGGGAGUCAACAUGCGGACGAGGAGCAGGAAGAGGAGGAGGAAGAGGGGGUACAGGAGGAGGAGACAGUCACUGGGACUGAGACUGGAGAGAGCACCACACCAGGGAGUGUGUGUGUACAGGAAGUUGAGCCAGAGAUGGAGAGGGAUCAGGUAACAACAGAGUUUCCGCAGUCACAGGAAGAUUGUCAGCUCCCUGGUGAAGAAGAAAGAGAAGCAGGCAGCCCAGACGUGCAAACUAACAACAACUACAUUCCAUCCCCUUCACGGGCCAAUCCUGGCUGUCCGUCUUACAGCGGUGACAUAACUUCAGGCAAACCCACCAGGGAGGUCAAAAAGAAGCCAUAUUCUCCCCACGGUGACUCAACUGUAAUACGACAAAAGACCACUAGGGGGAAACAGAGGAAAGCAGUUCAGCCUGCACAAGCCAGAUCUAGUCCACGGAUAAGCAAGCAGGAAAACAAAAGAAGCACCGUACCAAAGAGGCUGGGAGACGAUGACAUUUCUCAGAUUAGCGGCAAAAGAAAAAGGAAAGCAACACCCAGAGAUAUUUUGCCAUGCGAGUUCGACGGCUGUGGAAAGAUAUUCUCUUCCCGCCAGUACCUCAAUCACCACAUGAAGUACCAGCACUUUCACCAGAAGACAUUCGCCUGCUCUCACCCCUCUUGCGGAAAGUCUUUCAAUUUCAAGAAGCACCUGAAGGAGCAUGAGAAACUACACAGCAACCAGAGAGACUACAUCUGUGAGUUCUGUGCCCGAGCUUUCCGGACCAGCAGCAACCUGAUCAUCCACCGCAGGAUCCACACCGGGGAGAAACCACUGCAGUGCGAGGUCUGCGGCUUCACCUGCCGCCAGAAGGCCUCGCUGAACUGGCACAUGCGCAAGCACGACGCCGAGAGCGGCUACCAGUUCCCCUGCGAGAUCUGCGGCCGCCGCUUCGAGAAGAGGGACAACGUGACCGCCCACCGCAGCAAGAGCCACCCGGACCACACCCCCGGCCCCGCCCCCGCCGUAAACUCGGCCGCCCCCGUCUCCGAAACUCCCUCCCCCCUCCCCGAGCGCUCGGCCCUGGCCUCGGACGACCCCGCCGACCCCGUGCACAGCGCCGACCUCGCGGGCCGGUCCAGCGACCCCGGCGACCUUUCUAUCGUGGUGAUGUGAGACCCCUCGGGCACAGUGGGCUUCUGUCCGGCGGCGUCGCGUUGCGCUCCGUCAUUAGCUUGCGGCAGUCCGGAGACCAAAGAGUCGCUGUGUCCACAGUAAACAGUGCCACAUGUCCAGAGUGACCCAAGUGACCCAAGCUCGGUGGCUGGUAAACUUGAAGAUGUGCUUUAACCUGGGCUAAAUUCACACCGCGCACCCAGACAGAGCACAUCCUGUCCCCCAGAACCGCAGCGUCUGUUUUCUGUUCAGCUUAAUUGUUUAAUUGGUGUCAUUAUUUCGGACGGCAAGCUGUUUUUACUGGGGCAUUCCAGAUGUUAAUCAGUUUCUAAUGACAAGGUGGCUAAAAUCUUCAGGUUAUUGGCUCUCUGACAGGAAUCUGCCUCAUCCUGACCUGGAUGCUAAGUACACACCGAGUAAUGACUAGCACACCGCAGCAGUUAUUUUGUUCUUUCAGCAAAAGACGUUUUUUAACUCACGCGCAAACAAAUCGGUUACCAUGGUUAUUUGCUGAAAGCCACAGUUCUGAGAGGGUUGUCCAUAUAAACUGACGGAUCGCCUCGUCUUUGCAGCAGGGAUUCAUUUUUUUAAUAAGUUUUGUUGAUCCCCCUCUGGGAGAACUGUGUGACUUGCGGUUUUUCUUUGUUCUGAAACUGCUGUACGUUUGAAUGAAAGAUAUAGACAGGUAAAGACAGCCAGGUCUUCAUCAAAAAUCGUGCCAAAAGUUUGGUUAUGACAUUGUUUCAUUGCAGUUAAUGUGACUCUCUGGGUGUUCACAUGGGAAAUGUGUAAAUUGUAUUAAGAGGAACAAUAAUGAUGUAGGUAAGUAAACUGGCUGAAUUGUCUACACCUGUAAAUUACCCUUUACCUGUGCAGCUGCCUUGUUUAGAAGCCUGAAUAUCAUUUGAUGAAGGAUUAAGGAAUUGGGUUAUCAAAAUUUUGUUUAAAGAAUAGGUCUAAUUAGUAGUUUUCAUCUUUUGUGUAUAUACAGUAGUUAAUGUCCUCACUGUAAUAUGGUUUCUUAAAAAGCACACUUUUUUAUGUCAAUAAAAAAAAAAAAAUUAAGCUAGAUGUUCUUUGAAUAUUCACAAAAAUAAGUUCAUUAAAAAGGAUUUGAUAUGGUUGGUGGGAGGAUAAGAUUGCUGUUCAUGUUGGCAAUUGCAAGAUUAUUUAAACAACACUGCAAGAAUGCAGUCUGCGCACUAUUCAUGUUCACGUUCAUAUUUCAUAUUCCCUUUUAGGCCUAUUUGCUAUAAACCGUUACCAAAAUGUUAAUUAUUGUUAGUAACAGUUAAUAUGACUUCUAACUCUCUAGCGCCAGACAAUGUACCUUUAUUAAUUCUAACAUUUAAUAUCAGUGGCUUGAAAUUUUAAGAUAUCAAAUGGAAAAUAAUUGUUAUGUAUACAGAUGAAGUGUGGACAUAAUUGUGCAUAAAUUACUACCUCUGACGAUUAUAUUAAGUUAUCGUUAUUCCCGCCUUUUUCUAGC